AUGCAAGAAUUCACUUUAGAUUUUAAACGUACACAAAUUAGUAAACAAUUUAUAAAUACAUUUUAUCAAAAUAAAUAUUGGAUAUCAAAACAACUCAUUCCAACUGUUUGGAAACCUCAGUAUAAUUCUCAUCCAAUAUUAAAAGUAAUCGAUAGUUGUACGUGUCUUUCACAUUUAUUGGAUUCAAAUCUUUAUCAAUAUUGUUCAAGAAUUCAUCAACAAUGUCUGAAUUGUAAACGUGGUUAUAAUGAUGUUACAUCUGAACGUGGUCAUCAUUGUUAUAAAUUAUUAGCAACUGAUACAACUCAAUGUUUUGAUUUUGGAAAUUCUUUAAAAUCAUGUUUAAAUGGUAAUGAAAUAAUAAGAAGUGAUGAUAAUGGAACAAUAUCAUUGGAAAUAACUCCAAGUUAUCGUAAUCUUAAUAUUCGAGUUUUAAUUGGAAUUGAAAAUGGUUUUGUUGAUGUUAUAUGUUCAAUACGAAAUGCUAAUUUUAUUGCUAAAUAUAAUAAUAUUUAUGCUGCAAUUAAAGAAGCUGUCAAUGGUUCAUUAAAAGGUAUUUUGGAUUAUACUGAUGACGAAAUUAUUUUAAUCGAUUUCGAUGGUAAUACACAUUCACUAAUUUUUGUUAUUAAAGUCAAUAUUUCUCUCAAUGAUGACUUUUUCAAACUUGUUGCAUAG